UGCUUGUUCACUUCGAUAAAUCCUGCAAAUUUUCUUUGAUCUUUAACAUUAGUUUUGGUGGACAGACAUAGCUUGGGAGAGGUUCUAAAUGCUCCCAACGUGAUGAAUAUGAUCAAAGAUACUAAAGCAGCAAAAGAGGUCAAAGCUCUAAACGAUUUCUUCACCAUGCUUUCAAAUGAUCCAGCUCGGGCAUGCUAUGGACCAAAACAUGUAGAAGUUGCUCAUGAACGAAUGGCAGUCCAAACACUUCUCAUCACAGAUGAGCUUUUCAGGAAUUCCGACGUUAAAACAAGGAAGAAGUAUGUGGAUUUGGUUGAGUCAGUGAAAGAUUCAGGAGGAGAGGCGUUUAUAUUUUCGUCGAUGCAUGUUUCAGGAGAACAGUUGGCACAGCUGACUGGAAUUGCAGCUCUUCUCAGGUUCCCUUUACCAGACCUCGAAGACAUCGAGAUGUAAUAUAUAUAUCUUCUUCGGGUGUAGAAAACAUACAAGAUCAUAUACGUCUCACUAUACUUAUUAGCAUCUCUUUAUAGUUUUCAAGAGAGAUUUGUAUUGUGGCCCAAAAGGCAAACUCUUACAUUAAGUUGGAUCAGUCGUUGCUGUUGUGCAGCGUUUGUGAAACAACGUACCUUGUUGAAUCUUGAGCCUUUGUGAUUUAUAAAACAUAUUUGUGGAGCACAUAACAUAUGAUGAUA